UCGGAGGGGUGUGGGUCCCGGAGCCUGCGGGGUUAGCUGGGUCUUUGCUGAGAGGAUGCACGCAGGACGGAGAGGCUUGCGGGCAUGCACGGCCUUACACCCCCUACACACACACGCUGCAGGGGGUGAGGGGACCGUAGGGGGCCUCCAGUAUCGAUUCCGGUACAGGAUACUGCGGAGUUUUGGUCCCGGGCGCGCGCGCACGCGCGCGCCUGAGCCCACUUUCACAAAACACACUUGUUUGGAGACGGACAGGCAUCAAGCUAAGUGCUUAAAAGUGCCCUGCGCUCUCCCAGGCCUUUCAUAGGCCGAGAGUCACAGCCCUAAGCCCCAGGGUCAGGAAAGAAAACGGCGGGCACCCCAGCGCCCUUCCAGCCGCGAGAUUGUUUAUGGAGCUCGGGGCGGGGGCCGAGCCCGCAGUAGUGGCCCUCGCCCGCCGCCUAGGCCAUGCUGCUCCCUUGGCGCGCGGAGCCGCGGCCGCCGGGCCUCCGGGACUAAGCCGGCAGCCGCGGGAGGAGGAGGCGCCGACGGCGGAGCGGGACGGAGAGCCGCGGCGGCGGGCGGACUCAGUACUAUGGCUGUGUACUGCUAUGCCCUCAACAGCCUGGUGAUCAUGAACAGCUCCAACGAGCUCAAGAGUGGCGGCCCCCGGCCCAGCGGCAGCGAGACGCCUCAAGCCUCCGGGAGGGCCGCGCUGAGCCCCGGCAGCGUCUUCAGCCCCGGGAGAGGCGCCUCCUUCCUCUUUCCCCCGGCAGAGUCACUGUCGCCGGAGGAGCCCCGGAGCCCUGGGGCUUGGCGCAGCGGCCGGCGCAGGCUGAAUAGUAGCAGCGACAGUGGCGGUGGCAGCAGCAGCAGCAGCAGCGGCGUGAGCAGUCCCAGUUGGCCUGGCCGCCUGCGAGGGGACGCGCAGCAGGUGGUGGCUGCUCGCACCCUCUCCCCACCCGGGCCGGAGGAGGCCCAGAGGAAGCUGCGGAUUCUGCAGCGCGAAUUGCAGAACGUGCAGGUGAACCAGAAAGUGGGCAUGUUUGAGGCGCAGAUUCAGGCCCAGAGCUCUGCCGUCCAAGCGCCCCGAAGCCCGCGUUUGGGCAGGGCUCGUUCGCCCUCCCCGUGCCCCCUCAGAAGCAGCAGCCAGCCCCCCGGAAGGGUUUUGGCCCAGUGCGCCCCAAGUGAGGAACGGAGGACAAAGUCCUGGGGAGAACAAUGUACAGAGACCCCAGACGCCAGCUCCGAGAGGAGAAGCAGACUCAGCACACAUCCGUCGAAGGACAAGGAGGGAGUGGCCCCUCUUUUAGUCCCAGCCAGCCCGACCAGGUUAGGGAUUCAGGGUCCAUGUGCUUCAGUGAGGACGGAGAGGGCUACUCCGGCCAGUCCUCGCUGUGGCUCACCCACAGCCAUGGAAAUCAACAAGAGGGUCGCUCCCUCACCGGAGCACUUUGGAACUAGCUUAGCAUUGCUCACUAAAAUGGCAGCUUCAGCCGUAUCCGCAGGACCACACCCUGGACAUGAUUCUGCCCCCAUGGAAGCAGCCUGCAAGCUCGGGGGCACGCGCCCCUGGGAGGCCCAGAUCGAGAGACGGGGCCAGUUUCAGGACAGGGAUACAGGCUCAGCCCCAGAGCUUGGCCGGACCCACAUUAGGGAACCCCCUGGGAGAGCGGAAAGAGGAAUUCAUUCUGUUGGUGGACAGGGCUCCCAGACACCUGAAGUCAUCAAAAGGCCAGAAGAGAGGACUGUGAAUUCCCAGAGCUCAGAGCCCUUGGAGGACCCGAGAUGGUCUAGGCUGCCUGGAGACCCGGGCUCCGUAGGUCCUGAGGAGGCAGGAAGUGGACCCCAGCAGACCCUGGACUUUGUGAGAGGGGAGUCUCCAGCAGUGGGCUUGCCCGGCGGCAGCCAGGCAGCACAGCCAGGGACCAAGGAUGUGGAGGCAGGGAUUCACUGUGGCAGAAUGCUGGAACCUUUACCACCUGGGGUGGUAGCAAGAGAUUUGAAAGGACCCCAAUGCCUCUCCGGGGACGGGAUGGGUGUGCAGCCUGAAAACCCCUUGGUUUGGCAGAGUGCCGUGGAGGAGGCCCCCACGAUCUGGACGUGUGACACAGGGGUACAGUUGAAGGGGGCUUGGGGAAGCCAGCUGCAUGACAGAGAUACUCACCCUAGCUGCCAAGAGAUGCUCCCAGACCAGAAGGACAAGGCCUCCUUAAAAGAGGCUUGCAGCCCCAGCAACAUCCCGGCCAUCCCUUCAGUCAUCAUCACAGACAUGGGUGCUCAGGAGGAUGGGGGCUUAGAGGAGAUCCAAGGAAGCCCUCGGGGUCCUCUGCCUCUGAGGAAGCUGUCAUCUUCCUCUGCCUCCUCCACUGGCUUCUCCUCUUCCUAUGAGGACUCAGAGGAGGACAUCUCCAGCGACCCUGAGCGUACCCUGGACCCCAACUCAGCCUUUUUGCAUACCCUGGACCAGCAGAAGCCCAGAGUGAGCAAGUCAUGGAGGAAGAUAAAGAAUAUGGUGCAGUGGUCCCCCUUUGUCAUGUCCUUCAAGAAGAAGUACCCCUGGAUCCAGCUGGCCGGACAUGCAGGGAGCUUCAAGGCAGCUGCCAACGGCCGCAUCCUGAAGAAGCACUGUGAGUCCGAACAGCGCUGCCUGGACCGGCUGAUGGCCGAUGUGCUGAGACCCUUCGUGCCAGCCUACCACGGGGACGUGGUGAAGGACGGGGAGCGCUACAACCAGAUGGACGACCUGCUGGCCGACUUCGACUCACCUUGCGUGAUGGACUGCAAGAUGGGCGUCAGGACAUACCUGGAGGAAGAACUCACCAAGGCCCGGAAGAAGCCUAGCUUGCGGAAGGACAUGUACCAGAAGAUGGUUGAGGUGGACCCCGAGGCCCCCACUGAGGAGGAAAAAGCCCAGCGAGCUGUGACCAAACCACGUUACAUGCAGUGGCGGGAAACUAUCAGCUCCACAGCUACCCUGGGCUUCAGGAUCGAGGGCAUCAAGAAGGAAGAUGGCUCUGUGAACCGUGACUUCAAGAAGACUAAGACGAGGGAGCAGGUCACUGAGGCCUUCAGAGAGUUCACGAAAGGAAACCGGAACAUCCUGAUCGCCUACCGGGACCGGCUGAAGGCCAUUCGAGAAACCCUGGAAGUCUCUCCCUUCUUCAAAUGCCACGAGGUCAUCGGCAGCUCCCUCCUCUUCAUCCACGACAAGAAGGAGCAAGCCAAGGUGUGGAUGAUUGACUUUGGGAAGACCACGCCCCUACCGGAAGGCCAGACCCUACAACACGAUGUCCCCUGGCAGGAGGGGAACCGGGAGGAUGGUUACCUCUCAGGGCUGAACAACCUCAUCGACAUCCUGACAGAAAUGUCCCAGGAAAGCCCACUCACCUGAGGCCACUGCCACCUCGCCUACCCAUGCCACCUCGCCUGCCACCUCUGCCUCUCCCAUCUCUCUCGCUGCCCCUAAUUCUUCUCUCAUUCCUGCCUGGGCGCCCACCUAGAACAGAGCCUCCCAUCCGCACUACAGGACUCCUUGGAGAAGAAAGACAUUUUCUAGGUCUUCCCCGCCCCCUUUCCUACACAAGGGCCUGGAGGUGGCGUUUCUAAUUCUCUCUUUAAACAGAGCUAUCUUCCGGAAGAGAAUUACACAGAGCUAGGCCCAGCAUCCUGUAUAGUCAGUUGGACUUAAAGCCAGCGUGGAUCGAGAAGGCCUUGGGUUCCCUGGCUGCUGAGAGUCUUAAGAGAUUGAGCUUUGCCUCCCUCUGGGAGAACCCCCCCACUCCAGGAAGUUCAGGGCCAGCCUGGCCACUAGUGGAACCCUGAUGCCCCCUGGUGGCCGGUGCUAUCCGUAUACACAGCCCCAUUUGUGUCUUGCUCCACGGGCCCCUGAAGCCAGGCCAGGGUCCUAAUUUCUGGGAGUUUGGAACACAACCCCUGGGGAUCUGCAUGUGGCUUAUGAGCAAAUACCCCUCAAGUGAGAAGCCCCAGCCUCCAGGGGCACCUUGUGGCCUUUCUAGAGAUGCUAAAACAGGACACCGUCUUGCUGGUGUUAAAUGCUUGAGGUUCAGGCCAGGCUAGAAGGAAUACAGGGAGCAGCGCUGCCCCUGAAUUCCCAGGGGACAUUCUGCACAGCUGAGCUCUCCAGGGGUGAUGCCUCUGCUUGCUACCUUGCUCUGCCCUGCUAUGGAAAUGUCCAGAGCUGGGGAGAAUCCUCAAGGCUCACACCAACCUCCAGGGAUCUGCAGCAGCUCUGAGAGCCUGCCACGCCCAGGGAGGAGACUGCCCUCUUUCCGUUCAAAUCCUCGGUAGGCAGGCAGCCCUGCCACCGAACCUGGAGCCCCUCCAUAGGCAAGCCUAACAGUCUGGGCUGCACUAAGCCUUAGGAAAGCAGGAUUAGGGCUUCCUGGAGUGAUUCCUAAAUCUCCCUCGAAAUCCUUUCUUGAAGGACUUAGACCAGCGUUUCUCCGUGUCAUAUGGGUAGUCCCCAGGGUUUGGAGGGGUACCCAGGGCUGCCCCAAGCCUUCUCCUUCCUGGAGUCCUAGGUUUCUUGAAGGGCCAUGGUGGGGGGGGGGGGAGGUUGCCCUUUGGAGCUCUCCUGAACCUCUGGGCCUGUCACCUCCUCUUUGACUGAGACACUCGUGGUCACACGUACGGAUGUUCUUCUGGGUACCAGGCCAGUGGGCACUGCUUAGGGACCAAGAGAAAUGAGGGUAGACCAAGGCGUACACACGUGGCAAGAUGUGCUUUGAGCCUACCCCAGCUCCCUGGGCUUCCUAGAAGAAACUGUUGGCUCAUGUGACACGUGUGUUUCCCCUUUCAUGCUGGGUGGGUGAGUGACAGUUGGUGGAGGCGGGGGGUGGGACCCACGGGGAUGUAUAAGUACAGAUUUUAAAAAAGGAACUCAUUUAAACUUCCUGGCUCCUGUUCAGAUCGGUGGGUGAGCUCCUGUGUGGGCUGGCUUGCUAAAGGCCAUGACCCCUGCCCCCCAUCAGCAAGUCCAGACCUUGUGACAGCAUGUGAUGUGUGUGUGUGGGGGGGCAGGCAGCCUGGAGUUGGGGAGGGCAGUAGCAACCGGGCAGCCAGCUCUGGGACUGUCCGGCUGUAGUUAGUUGCUUGAGGGCUUGAGGGGACCCCGUGGUUUGCUGGGAAGGGGCACCAUUCAUUCCAAGAGUCUACAGCUAUGAUCUGGGCAAAAGUUCUCUCCUGCUAUCUCAGAAAAAUGUUUGCCAAAGCAAACUAUGCUAGGAACAAAAACGCCAGGGACCAGUUUCGUGUAUGUAAGAGAACAAAAUUUGCUGAGCACUUUAGGAAGGUGCCGCCUGUCACAGUAAUGUGCUAAGAUGCUGUGACUGGGGGCCAGUUAGCAAGAGCCUUGGGACGAUGCUGGGCAGUGCUUUGUGCUGGGUGUACUGUAGGUGGGAAAGUGGCGUGGAAAGGUGUCUUUCUGGGGUUCUGUUGCCAGGGUGCUUUGCUUAGUUGGGUUUUUUUAUUUACCAUGCUAGCACCCACACUAUAGCUUCUAAACCCACAUCCAUCCUGCCAGAGGCAUUUCCUUCCUGCCCCACUGGGAUGGACAGAGCUCAGAUGGAGUUUCCCAGAAUCUCUGGCAGUCUGAUAAGCCAUGUUCACAGACCUGGUGGAGACUCCCAAGGUCCCAGCCGCACAGGUGCUGGGACAUGGGACCUGUGUGCAUGUACCUGUGUUCAGGGUCCACAGGGCCCUCCUGCUCUUGGGCCACCAGAUUUCUUGGUGGUCAGCCCUGCUUUGCACACUCCGAAGGCUGCUUCAGCCGCUUUCCCCAGACUAGGCUGUAGUGCCCUUUAGGAAGUUGUUAAGUUAUAUUUAUUUUGUUUUUUGUUUUAAUUGCACAAAACACUAAGAUGGAAGGCUAGGCUGUUCUUCCUGAGCUCUGCCUGUCUUCUGGGGCCUCUCCUUCGUGUCCAGAGAAGCCCUGAGCAGCUGUGGCCCCAAGACAGACGCUGUUCACCUUUGGCCGGCUAUGUUUAGCUUCGAGAUUGCCUGCAUUCUGCCAACCUUGUGUGUAUAGGCCCCACCCCCUGCUCCAGGGUGCUCGCCCACCAGUGCCUUCUGGGGAGGAGAGAACCCUCCCGCACCCUGACAGGCUCCCGUCCUCUCUACUCCUCCCCUCCCCAGGACUGUUACAUCCCCAUGACCCUGUGCCCUGUCAGUCAACUGUAGAUGCUAUCUCUCUCCCUAAUAAACGCUUUGGAGAUCAUGA